AGAGCCCCCUCCCACCUCCUGGCUGAGGUCCUCACCUGCCAACGGGACACCCCUUCCCUGGACCUUUCCCUCACCUUGGACGGGCAGCGACUCUACGGCUUCGACUUCCCGGGAUGGUGGCUCCCGGGGCUCCCGGAGCUGCCCCCGCUGCCCCCGGACCUGGAGACCCCAGCGGAGCUGCGCCUGGACGUGAAGCUGUGCCAGGAUGUCCUGGGCUGGCUCGGCCCCCAGGCCAGGGGGUCCUGCCCGAGGCCAGGGUUGGUGACAAAGGCAGGGGAGGGGUCGGGUGGAGCUCUGUCCCGCUGGGCAUGGAAAAAAACCCAGAUUCAUAAAAACCUCUGGCUUCAGCAAAAGCUCAACCACGAGACCGGGAUUGGAGGUUCCCCCAUCCCUGGAGCACCCCCAAGGCCAGGAAUCAGGGUGGGAUGUCCCUUUGGGAUGGGACCUCCAAAAGGUCCCAUCCCACCAUUUUUACGGGAUGCAAUCCCCGCAGGAACGCCGGUGGCCCAGGUGUUCCCGGUGCUGCCACCGGCGCUGGGCGAGGCCAACACCCUGGUGUGCCUGGUGGAGAAUGUCUUCCCACCGGCCCUGGACAUCACCUGGACCCGGGGGGGUGUCCCCCUCACCCAGGGGGUCACUCAGGGGCCCUUCACUCCCACCCCGGAGCUCACCUUCUGGACCUUGUCCCACCUGGAAGUGACCCCGGAGCGUGGGGACGUCUUCGCCUGCCUGGUGACCCCUCAGGGGUACAACACUUCGGUGGUCACCUACUGGGUCCUUGUCCCGGUUUUGAUCCUGAUCCUGCUCCUGAUCCCGGUCCUUGUCCCCAUCCCGCUCCUGCUCCCCAAUCCCAACCCACAUCCCGCUGCCUCUCCCGUUCCCACAGUGCCCCCAGAGCCUCUGGAGGUGCCGGAGCUGCCGAUGGUGCUUUGUGGGGCUGCGAUGGCGCUCGGGGGGGUCCUGGCACUCCUGGGGCUCUCCCUGCUCCUGCUUUCCCGGACGGAUCCCCAAGGCUGAGCAGAGGAGGGAGAAGCUCCAUGUGGGAAUUUGGAGGGGAGGGGGGAAAGAACUUGGAUGUUCCUGACCUCCAAUUCCCACCAUUCCUAAUAAACUCCACCUUUGGUUACGGC